AUGGAGAGUGGAGCAGGGAAGCACUGGACUGAGGAGGAGAUUCAAGCUUUAUUAAGUGUCUGGGCAGAAAGAAAUAUACGAAAGCAACUUUAUGGAACACUGAGAAAUAAAGGAAUAUUUAUUUACAUUGCUAAAAGAUUGCAAUCACUAGGAGUAUACAGAGAUUGGAAACAGUGCCGGGCAAAGUACAAAAACCUCAAAUAUGAAUACAGAACAGUUAAACAUGCCUACAACUCUGGCGACAGCUCUAAGACUAUGAAGUUCUACCAUGAUUUGGAUGCAAUCCUGGGGCAUGGACCUUCCACACAAUUAACAGACAACCAGGCUCCAAGCGGCCGCCGGUCUCUGGCAAUGCUGAGCCCAAGCACAACCCCAGACACCACUAAAGGAAUCUCAACAUCAAUAAUGGAACCCCCUAAUAAUUCAACUUUUAUUCCAACGGUAGCAAAUGAAGGAGGAAAACACUGGACUGUGCCCGAAGUAAGGGCUCUACUAGGGAUCUGGUCAGAUAAAAGCAUACAACGGCAACUAGAGGGAACAGUAAGAAAUAAAAGGAUAUUUGAACAAAUUGCAGCCAAGUUGCAGAAAAUUGGAAUAGAGAGAGACUGGAAACAGUGCAGAACAAAGUAUAAAAACCUAAAACAUGAAUACAAGACUGUAAGAAGAGCUCAAGACCUAGGUAUGACUAGGAGUAUGAAAUAUUUUACUGAGUUAGACACAAUUCUGGGACAUGACAAGACAGAGAAAUCACAAGAGCAUGACUGUCAAGAUGCAGAAGCCACACAAUGUGUUGACAUAGAAAUGGAGGAUCAGUCAGAAGACCCAAAGAAAGAAGAAUUGAUUACUAAAACUUUGGAAAACUCAAGAAUUAUAAACAUAAAAAAAGAAAGUUUGGAAAUGGAAUUAUCUGAAGGUCACAGUAAAAGCCAAGGAACUUGGAGCAACAAGAGAAAAGUACAAGAUGAACCAGUGUCCACAACUCUUAAGAAAACUGCUCCUAAGGUCAUUACAAAUCAAUUUCCUCACCACAGAAUAAGAGAACCAAAAGAUUUCACAGUUUGUGUCUUCAGAAAAGACACUCAACUUCACCAGAUCCCCGCGACUCUGCCCAGAGACUCCAGCCCGCUCAGGACAAUGGCGGCCGCCGAGGUGCUCACCAUUGGUAAAAAACUUUAUGAGGGGAAAACAAAAGAAGUCUAUGAAUUGGUAAAUAACCCAGGAAAAGUCCUCCUGCAAUCUAAGGACCAGAUUACAGCAGGAAAUGCAGCUAGAAAGAAUCAUUUGGAAGGAAAAGCUGCAAUCUCCAAUAAAAUUACCAGUUGUAUUUUUCAGUUGUUACAGGAAGCAGUGACUUGUUAUAAGUAAAAUAGAUAAUUUACCUUUCAUCAUCAAUGUGUAGGUAUUAAAACUGCUUUCGCUGGAAAACAUGGGGAAACAGCGUUUGUUGCACCUCAGUGUGCAAUGAUUCCAAUUGAGUGGGUGUGCAGGAGAAUAGCAACUGGCUCCUUUCUCAAAAGAAAUCCUGGUGUCAAGGAAGGAUAUAAGUUUUACCCCCCAAAAGUGGAGAUGUUUUUCAAGGACGAUGCCAACAAUGAUCCGCAGUGGUCUGAGGAACAGCUAAUAGCAGCAAAGUUUUGCUUUGCUGGACUUGAUAUAGGCCAGACUGAAGUGGAUAUCAUGAGUCAUGCUACACAAGCUAUUUUUGAAAUACUGGAGAAAGCUUGGUUGACCCAGAACUGUACACUGGUUGAUAUGAAGAUUGAAUUUGGUGUUGAUAUAACCACCAAAAAGAUUGUUCUGGCUGAUGUUAUUGAUAAUGACUCCUGGAGACUCUGGCCAUCAGGAGAUCGGAGCCAGCAGAAAGACAAACAGUCUUAUCGUGACCUCAAACUAGUAACUCCUGAAGGACUUCAGAUGGUAAAGAAAAAUUUUGAAUGGGUUGCAGAGAGAGUAGAGUUACUCCUGAAAUCAGACAGUCAGUGCAGAGUUAUAGUAUUGAUGGGUUCAAUUUCUGAUCUCAGUCAUUGUGAGAAAAUUAAAAAAGCUUGUGGAAAUUUUGGAAUUCCAUGUGAACUUCGAGUAACAUCUGCUCAUAAAGGACCAGAUGAAACUCUGAGGAUUAAGGCAGAGUAUGAAGGAGAUGGCAUUCCUACUGUGUUUGUGGCUGUGGCAGGCAGAAGCAAUGGCUUGGGCCCAGUAAUGUCUGGAAACACUGCAUAUCCUGUCAUCAGCUGUCCUCCCCUCACACCAGACUGGGGAGCUCAGGAUGUGUGGUCAUCUCUUCGACUGCCUAGUGGUGUUGGCUGCUCAACCAUACUAUCUCCAGAAGGUUCGGCUCAGUUUGCUGCUCAGAUAUUUGGAUUAAACAACCAUUUGGUAUGGGCCAAACUGCGAGCAAGCAUAUUGAACACGUGGAUUUCCUUGAAGCAAGAUGACAAGAAAAUCAGAGAAUGUAAUUUAUAAGAAAAAAAAAAAGUUAUUCAUGAAUGAAAUGUUUUUUCAUUCUUCUGAAAACAAUAAAUUCCUAGUUUCAUAGCCAAAAAGAAGCAAGGUAAAAAGAUGAUUUUAAAUGAAUGGAAAUAGUUUACUAGCCAUAUAAGAAUUUCUAGACACAAGGAUUAGUAAAAUGGCUAUUAGUAUUUACUAUAUAGGUAGCAAAAUCAUUAUAGCAUUUUAGAAUUAAUCUUCCCACUCUACAUGGUUAUUGUUAGCUAACAGGUAACAUACCUGAAUCAAAUAUAUUUUGUAAAUGCAAAUGUCCUUUUCUAAAGAUCUGACGUUAUUACCCGCCUUUUUGUGUCUUCAUGCAAAUUUUGGAGACUGAAAUGCUUUCAGUUUCUGGUCUUCAAAUUUGAAGGUUGUGCAGUUUUAUUUUUCAAGGACCCUUUGCAUAUUCCAGGAAAGCAUGCAAAGGCCUUGGGUUCAAUCCCCAGCAACAUAGAAAAAAGGAAGCUGAGAUUGAUGUUGGGAGAAACACAGUGAGUGGAAAGGGGACUUUUCUGAGAUCUUUUUUUGUUAUCAGUACAGUUUUCCUUGGAAAAAAUAGUCCCUUUGCCAUCCUAAAUGAGAAACUAAAUAAAUCUUACUUAACUAUGUAA